CGUCACUCUUUAGUACGGAAGUGCGCGGAUUGGGACGGAGCAUUAGACUCGUUUAUGGUUUACGCUUAUUUUUACGGCACGGUUCGUUUGUUGUUUGUUUAUUAUUAUUAUUUCACACAAUGAGCGCGGAUAAAGCAAAGAAUAUCAGCAACAUCCCUAUAGACGGAUUCAGCAAAGUGCGCAUUACAUCAACGUGGACAUUUCUACAGUCGAUCCAGUGGUCUGAGCCAUGGCUCAUUGGUCUGAUUUCUUUUCACAUCUUGUGCUUAGCCUUUACCAUCCUGACCUGCAGGUACUACAGAGUCCAGAUCGUCCACUUCCUCCUGAUGGUUGCCAUGGUGUACAGUGCGGAAUAUGUGAAUGAGAUAGCAGCCAUGAACUGGAGAUUGUUUGCCAAGUUUCAGUACUUUGACUCCAAGGGGAUGUUCAUAUCGUUGGUGUAUUCUGUACCACUCCUGUUCAACACCAUCAUUAUCGUGGCUGUGUGGGUGAGGAGGACAUUUGCAACCAUGACAGAGCUGAAGACGCUGCAGCUAAAGAGAAAAGCUGCCAGGGAAAGCGCCAAGAAAUCCCAGUAGAGAGAGAACAAUGUGGACUGAGCCCGAAUUAUUUCCCACUAAAGUGGCCCGAGACACUACUACUCAGCAGAUGACAUCCUUAGAACUCAUGGCGAAAGAAAGCUUAUGAAUCAGUACAUGUCCUGAGGAGCAAUGUUGUCUAAAUCCCCCCUCACACACACACACACACACACACCUGAAGCUGAGAGAUGUAGCUACACUUCAAGUGGACUGAUGGAGAGAGAAAAGCUCUGAUUGUCAACCUUAACUCUUAAAAACCCACAAGACUUUUAUAAACUGUCAUAUACAUGUGAAAAUCUAAAUUCUGUGUAUAAAUAGUGUUGAUUUCAAUAAACUGAUCUGUUUUUAUGACAAA